GAUCCUAGAUCUGCUUUUUUCUCCAACAUAUCACGAGUUAUUACCGGAACUUUGUGCAUGGGCGCCUUCGGUGUCUCGGCAAUGAGCGUUGCUUCGUGCGUUGGGGCAAGAUACAGCCUCCGGAGACAAGUCAUAGACCCUUCCACCGGUUCUUCAAGGCCCAUAAUUUCCUUCAGCACUCAGUACAUUCCGGUGCUUUCCGCAAUCACACUAUCUUUGGUCUUUGAUAAAUUUUGCGCCUAUGCGAGGAUGCUCUUUAUCUCGGAAACCAAUCCUGUCCUGCGGCAUUGUGUCGCUGCGAUCUUCAAAGCGACUGUUGUCAAACACGCCAAAGAGAUCACGUUGACUCUUGGAGACCAGUGUGGAGCUCAAGGGUUGUUCGCAGUCAAUCAGCUAUCGUCUUUGCAUGCGAAUUUGCGUGGUGCAUCCAUAGCUGAAGGUGACUUGUUAGCUAUUUCUAUCCGGUUUGGGAUGGAGAUACUUCUAGGCCGUGUUUCUAUCCCCCCACCAAAGGACCCCACCUCCCUGCUGGCUCGACACGAGACAGCCUUGAUAGAAGAACUCCGGGCUUUAGUGUCUAAUCCGCUCGGGCACCGAAGUGCCACAAUCCAGUCCAUCGUCCUGCCUCAGCUUCCCUUACUUGUUGAAGCAAUUGGACAUCGUAUGGCUUUUGAGGCGGCAACUCAAAGCGGCAUAGAUGGAGAAGUGAUGGCUAUGUUCAUUGCGAGCGUUAUUAAAUCCGAUGCUUCAUGGUACAUCGAGAAUGGGUGCCUGUCGCGUGCCGAACAAAGGAAAAUGGAAGCUCAGGCGGCCAUGGCUCUCCUUCCGCGCUUGGAAGAGCUUCUGGCAUGGCUUGAUUGUGAUGACUACGUUACUGCGCCCAUGGUCUCCGACGAGAUGUGGAAUUCUCAUAUCCAAACUCUGAAAGUGUAUCAUGGGCAGCGGCCUGUACAGGAAUGUGAUCUUUUAGAACGAGCCAGGCUUUGA